AGGUUUGCGUUACUCAAUCUUAAUGGACCAGAAGGCGGGCCGGCCGAAGGGGCGACCGUCGACGGAAGCGGAAGAGAAACUCUUCGAGAAGUACAAAUAUGUGCGUUUCGUGGAGCGGCAGAAAGUUGAGCGGAAACUCAAAACUUGUCGUCGAGAAUUGGCCGAGUGUAUUCAAGGAAAGUCUGAGGCUGAUCCGAAGGAAAUUCAGGACCGGAUGAACGCCUUGCUUGAGGACCUGCAGUACAUCAAAUUCUACCCGCACGGCGAAAAGUACAUAUCGCUGUUCCCGAAGGGGGGCGCGUUGAAGCCCCGCGAGUUGACGAAGCAGAAGUCGAUUCGGGAGUCUAUACGAAAUCGACUGGAGAGCCAAAAGGAGAUCGAGGAGCGUACCGUGGAGAAGCGGGAAACCAAGGAGGUCGUGGAACCGCGUGAGGCUGUGGACGACUUUUUCGCAGAUGGGGAUGCGAAUGAUGUUCCUGUGAGGCAAGAUGAUCGCCGGUCUAGUAAAGGAAAAGGCAAGGGGAAGGGAAAAGGAAAGGGUCGAGACGUAACGUCAGCCAAGGGUGCUGGGAAAGGUCGUGGAGCCAAACGGUCAUGGUCGAGUAAGGAGCCCACGGAGAUCUCCAAGGCUAAGGAGCGGAAGGGUUCCGAUGAGGAGGGUGGGCCACCUGCCCAAGUGAAGUCGAAAAAGGAACCGACUCCCACACGGAAGCAGCUUGAAGCGCCGUCAAACCAUCCGUCUUGGGCUGCUAAGGCCGCUCCCUCUCAGCGAGGUACUCUUACCAAGUUCGAAGGCGCUAGACUGACCUUUGACGAUUCUGACAGUGAUUGAACGCCUUCCCUAACAACGUCAAUACGGUAUAGUUGUGGUUUCC